AUGUCUACAAUUUAGGAUAACAUAGAUUAUGAAUAAUAAUUAAUUGUUAUUAUUAAUCAACAUAUCAUGGCUUUAUAAUUAUUUUCAUCUCAUUUUUCUUAUAUCUUAUUAAUUUGCAAUCACUUACAAAAGUAAAACAACAUUCACUUAUAAUUUCAAAUGCUACUGUUAUUUCUUAAUCAAAAUAUUGAGAUUCCUUUGAUUUCAAAUUUUGCAAAUUAUACAUUGUUUUCCCAAGAAACAUUUUUUAUUAUCCUUUAUAAUUUAGAAUUAAGGCAGAGAAGUUGGCUGAUGAUUAUUUAUCAUAGUUCUAAUGUUAUUACUUAUUAAAUUAACGGAAUAAAUUACUGCCGCCAAACUUAUAAAUUAACUAAAGGUUAUCUAAAUCUGAAACAAGUUAAUUAAUUUAAUUGUUAGUUCCAGACCCAGCUUAUCUGCAAAGUUCUUUUCAUAAUUGUAUUUCUUAUUAAAUUAGAUAUGAUCCUUUUAUUAUUGAUUCUAAUCAUGGACUCAAUUCCCAUAUACCCAGGAAGUAUGUAAAUUUAUACUUAUGAAUUAACUUAAUAUUUUUUCAUAAAGAGAGUUUUCCAAAUUAUUGAUUUCUAUAUCAACGGAGUAUGA